AUGUCGAAGAUUUGGGAGGUUGAUCCGGAGACCAGGAGUAAGGCCUCACCCAAAUUCGGCACUUUCAUCUGUCUAAAUUGCGCUGGCACCCACCGAGGCCUGGGCGUACACAUCUCCUUCGUCCGCAGCAUAACAAUGGAUGCUUUCAAGCUCGGCGAGACCCAGCGCAUGGAACUCGGCGGCAAUGAUGCCUGGAAGUUCUUCUUCGACCAUCAUUCCUCGAAUGUCGCGGAGGGUCGGACCUUUGAGGACUCGACUAUCAAAGAGCGUUAUGAGGGGGAAGUCGGGGAGGAAUGGAAGGCAAGGUUGGCAGCGAAGGUUGAAGGGAGGGAGUAUGUGCCUGGCGAGGAGAAGAAUGUGCCAGCGUCGAGGGCAAGUACGCCGUCUAUUUCUGCUAUUGGCGGGGCCCGCGGCACCAGUGGUGAUAAGAGUAAAACACCCACCAGGUCGAUGUCGCCUGUGACACAGCAGGAGGUUCCGGGUACAGGGAGGAAAGAGCGAAAUGAGUCCUAUUUUGCAUCAUUGGGGGCAGAGAAUGCGAAUAGGCCGGAAAAUGUAGCGCCCUCGCAGGGUGGGAAGUUUACAGGGUUUGGGGGUGGGAUGCCGCUUCCCUCGGACGAAAAGGAUGGCAAUAGUCCUGGUGCCGUGAUCCCUGGCUUGAAUGAUUUUCAGAAUGAUCCCGUUGCGGCGUUGACGAAGAGCUUCGGUUGGUUUGCGACUACGGUUGGAAAGGGGGCGAAGACGGUUAAUGACUCGUACUUGCAACCUGCUGUGAAGACGCUCGCCGAAACCGACCUAGCCGCGCAAGCCCGCAUCGCCGCCUCAGAAGUAACACGAAAUGUAACAACCGGUACACGCGGGGCCGCGGAUGCCUUCACCCGCUUCGUGGAGGGACCUUCUUCAGAACAGCCGACACCGCGUAGGCCUGGUUCCGAUUUUGGAUCCCAAAGACAAAAGGUUGAACCCGAGAGAAAGGAUUUCUGGGAUGAUUUUGCUGCCUUGGGAGAGAACAAAAGGAGACCUGGGGCUAUUGGAACGACGGCGAUGCGAAGGGGGGGACCUCCCUCUGGUGAUGCUGGCAGUGGUGGGGUGGGUACAAAGGUGAAAGAUGAUGGGGGCGGUGGUGGCGGCUGGGAUGAUAAUUGGUAG